AUGUUCAAGAUGUAUCUCGAAAUAGCCUUCGAGGCCGAACUGGACACAAACGAGCACCCAGAACUCCUGGAGAUGGCUCGUGAACUUUGCGAAGAGGACUUGGAGACCAGGGUCUCAGCCAUCCAGGAGCUUAGAGACAUGAUAUACGAGCGUGGCGAGUGCGCGCCGCGGCGGACGGACAACGAGUUCCUGCUGCGGUUCCUCCGUCAACACCGGUUCGUCGUACGGCGCGCACACAGACAGUUGGUGCGGUACUGCACAUUUCUUGAGCAGUACCCCGACCUGUACAGAGGUGUAGACCUCUGGGGUCUGGCGAGAUUGGGCGCCGCGUACGAAGUCUGCAUACUUGACCGCCCAGGCGUCGGCCGCAUUUCCAUACUCAGGUUUGGAGCCUGGGACCCCGACGAACAUCCUGGAAUUUUCCUCGUGCAGGUUGCUUUUGCUAUGACAGAGAUCUGGCUACGACUGCCCAAGUUACAGGUGUUAGGCGGCACGCUUAUCGUCGACUUGCAGAACAUCACCAUGAAGCAUGUCGCCGCGCUCACCCCUACCAUUGCCUACCAGAUCGUGUGCUUGGUUGGGUUGGCGCUUCCCUGUGCCCCAAACUCCAUUCAUAUCAUCAACUACAACUGGCUGCUCCACACCUUCUUCUUCCUCUUCAAACGCUUCAUCCCCAAGAAGGCAUGGAAGAAGAUCCACUUCCACAGGCAUGACCUCGAGUCCCUUCGUCAGAUCAUUGACCCUGAGUGUCUCCCGGCUCGAUACGGGGGCACCUGCCGGCAUCAUACCACCAUCGGCCAUUGGUUCAAUAAGAUCAGGCAGUACAGAGAUGAAGCUUUCGAUCGGGAGAUGAAAGAGUAUGGUUGGUUAAUAAAGGAAUGA